AAAAUACAGAAGCGGAGAGAGAUUUUCAUUAGGUGUGAUUUCCCCUCUUUAUCUCUGCAACCCAUCUGAUAUUCUAAUGGGAAAAGGUUUCCACCCAGAAAGGGAAAUAAUGAGUAUUAGUAGAGUGCGGUUCAGCCUCUUCUGGGUUUAGUUGGCUUGGCGCUUGGGCGGGAUUACCGGAGGUCAACGCUGGUAAAUGAAUCGGUGCCGUUGUCUCUCCCCUAUCAGUGCCAACUACCAAGUACCAACCCACCUCCUUCGAUUCGAACCACCUAUGCGGUGGUGAGGUCUUGGUUCGGCCGCUCCUCGACUCAGCAAGUUUGCCCCAGACAAGAUUUACAGCUCCGGCAACGCUAGAAAGACUUGAAAAGAAGCAGCUUUUAGUCAUUAAUGGCGUCGAUUAAAUGAGCCCCAUAUUCGCUUCUUUUCUAUCCUGUAAGCAAGAAGAGCAACUGUGUAAGAGAACGCGCGUUGGAUAGAUAAAUCAGUGCUCCUUUUAAUCUCUCUCUUCACUUAUUAUUAUUAAUUAUUUUAUGCUUGCUUUUCUAUUCUCUUUCUCUUUCAUCAACCAACCACUAGAAAAGAGAGAGAGAGACAGACAGACAGACAGAGAAAGAGAGAUCAAAUAGAUUGAUUAGGUAGGGCGACGGGCAUAAUUCGGGAAAUGGAAAAAAGAGAAUCAAAAUGGAGCUUCUUCUAGUUCGUUCUUUGUACUUGGGAUCUGCACUCAAAGAUGAGCCGCAACUGCUGCAUUGACGCUCUGGUUUAAGGUAAUAUAGAUUCAGAAGAGAGAGAGAGAGAGGGGACAGAUUAAAAUAAGCUGCAUUUCUGUUUAGCGGUGAGUCCCCAAAACCCUGAAGCUCUUUCAGAGAUUCACAGAUACAUGUGCCUCUAGCUAGUAAUGGGAUGCAUGAGUAAGAAUCAAAGAUGAAGAAGAGGGAGAUGCAGAGCCGUUCAUCAACAUCGUCGUCAUCCAGUGGUCUUAUAUAGGCAUGGCAAAUCUUCGAACUGUAAUAGAGCUUGCUAUCCUCUUCUUACUUUAUCAGUCAACGUUCGGGCAGCAGGUGCCGUUGAGUUCCAGCAGCGAGCGGGCUGCCCUGUUUGACUUACGAUCGUCAUUAGGACUGAGGAGCAAAGACUGGCCGAAGAAAGCCGACCCGUGCUCGGCGUGGGCCGGCGUUCAAUGCCAAAACGGUCGGGUCGUCGGGAUCAACAUAUCGGGGUUAAAACGAACCCGCCUUGGUCGUCAGAAACCUCAGUUCUCCGUCGAUGGCCUCGCUAACUUGACACUCUUGGCCACUUUCAAUUCCUCUGGUUUCUCACUCCCGGGCUCCAUCCCCGACUGGUUUGGGCAACGCUUCCGGGCACUCCAAGUGCUUGAUCUCCGGUCCUGUUCCAUCGUCGGCUCUAUUCCUGUGUCGUUGGGAAACUUAACCACCCUCAACUCUCUCUAUCUGUCCGACAACAGGAUCACCGGCAUUAUUCCCACAACUCUGGGUCAGUUAUCGGGCCUUUUGGUUCUUGAUCUCUCGCAGAAUUCAUUCACUGGUUCCGUUCCUUCCUCUUUCUCCGCUCUCGGCAAUCUUACCCUCCUUGACCUUUCUUCGAAUUUCCUCACUGGGCCAAUACCUCCCGCCCUUGGGACCCUCCCCAAGCUUCGAAUUUUGAAUCUUUCCAGCAAUAGCCUUUCUUCUGCUAUACCCGUACAACUUGGUGACCUUUCUCAACUGGUUGACCUUGAUCUUAGCGCGAAUUCUUUGUCUGGAUCAUUGCCUUCAGAUUUGGUAGGGUUGAGGAGUUUGCAGAGAAUGGUGCUUGGGUAUAAUCUUUUAGUUGGCGCAUUACCGGAUAAUUUAUUCUCCAGACUCACUGCGCUCCAAUUUUUAGCCCUGAAUAACAACAAUUUCUCUGGUUUUCUUCCUGAUUUGUUGUGGUCAAGGCCAGAACUGCGCUUUCUUGAUGUAUCCAACAAUAACUUCACUGGCAUUCUUCCCAACCUCAGCUCAAAUGUCAAUGCCACCAACGCAGUGUUCAACAUUUCUCACAAUCGAUUUUAUGGAACUCUGACUUCCCUACUUAGGAAAUUCAGCUUUGUUGAUUUGUCCUAUAAUUAUUUCCAAGGGCAAGUUCCAGCUAGUCGGGCUAAUGUGUCCCUUGGUGACAAUUGCCUUCAGAAUGUGCACAAUCAGAGGAGUUCGGAGGACUGUGUUUCAUUCUAUACAAGCAAAGGAUUGAGUUUUGAUAACUUUGGUGAAGGAAAUGUAUCAGGGCAACCACAGAAGAGUGACAAGAGGUUGAAAUACAUACUGGCAGGAGUGUUUGGGGGAUUUGGUUUUAUUGUGCUCUUGGUGUUUGUGAUAAUCAUGAUCCUACGCGCUUGUGGGAGGGAUGGCGUGGCUCAAAGAGGGAUUGGUGUAGGGCCUAUUCCUGCAGGAGGUGAUACACCAACUGCUGGGGCCUCUAUUAACUUUUCAAAUCUGGGAGAAGCGUUUACAUAUGAGCAGCUGCUCAGGGCCACUGGUGAUUUUAGUGACUCAAACUUAAUCAAACAUGGUCACUCAGGGGAUCUCUUCCAAGGUAUGCUUGAAGGUGGAAUUCUUGUAGUCAUCAAGAGGGUUGAUGUGCGGUCACUCAAAAAGGAUUCCUACAUGGUCGAGUUGGAUUUGUUUGCUAGGACUUCACACACUAGGUUGAUUCCCCUCUUGGGACAUUGUUUGGAGCAUGAGAAUGAGAAGUUCCUGGUUUACAAGUAUAUGCCCAAUGGGGACUUGUCAAGUUCUCUGUUCAGGAAAUUCAAUUCUGAAGAUGACAAUCUACAAUCUCUGGACUGGAUAACCAGACUGAAAAUUGCAAUAGGAACUGCAGAGGGAUUAUCCUAUCUACAUCAUGAAUGCAGUCCACCUCUUGUCCACAGGGAUGUUCAAGCAAGUAGUAUCCUUCUUGAUGAUAAAUUUGAAGUGCGGCUUGGAAGCUUGAGUGAGGUUUGUAACCAAGAGGGGGAUGCUCACCAAAAUGUGGUCACCAGAUUCCUGCGGUUGCCACAGACUUCUGAUCAGGGCCUUUCAGGCUCACCUUCAGCAAGCUGUUCUUAUGAUGUUUAUUGCUUCGGGAAGGUGUUACUUGAACUAGUAACAGGUAAGCUGGGCAUCAGCGCAUCUGAUGAAGCCACAAUGAAGGAGUGGUUGGAAAAUACGCUGCCCUACAUUAGUAUAUAUGAGAAGGAACUUGUGACAAAAAUUGUAGAUCCGUCUCUUAUAGUUGAUGAAGACCUGCUGGAGGAGGUGUGGGCUAUGGCAAUUGUUGCUAGGUCAUGCCUUAAUCCCAAGCCUUCCAAACGUCCCCUCAUGAGGUACAUCCUUAAAGCAUUGGAGAACCCUUUGAAAGUGGUGAGGGAAGAGAAUUAUGGCUCUGCACGGUUGAGAACCACAUCAUCCAGGGGAUCAUGGAAUGCAGCCCUUUUUGGUAGUUGGCGUCACAGCUCAUCAGAUAUAGUGGCCGCUCCAAGCAGCAACAGCAGGGAAGGGAUCAGUGGUUUAAAACAGUCCGGGACGGCAGGUUCUCAGGGGAGUGGGCAAGGUAAUGGAUUUGACCACUCAUCUUUUCACAAGAGGCAGUCCAAAGAGAUUUUCCCUGAACCUGUUGAUGUGCAAGACACAGAGAGACAUGGCCAAGACUAGUACUGAUUGGGGUUAUUGAUUUUUCUUUUUGUCAAUAAUACUGUGGGCUUUUCCAUUCUUAUGCCUGUUCCAUUGUAUUUGGAUCCCCUGCAAUCUUAAGGGUUUGCACUGGGGGUAUCCCAAUCAAUUCUUUGGCUGCUUCAAUAGCCAUAACGCUUCCUACCAUUCAGGUGUGUUGCUGGCAACCCUCAAGGGAAAUGUCUACGAGGCAGUGGUUCUUAAGUUGAACAAUUCUGGGUUGAGACUUGAGAGAGAUGCCAGCCUGCCAUAUGUGUAUUGUGCCAGUGCCAUAUUUGUAUUGUUUCUAAAGUUUGAUUUUUUUGGUUCAAGCGAGCAUCAAUUUUUCUGUAUUUGAUCAUUGUUAUUGGUACGUGGAAUGUAAAUUGUAAAAGGUUUUUUUUUCCCA